CCGUUCAAAAGACGAUCAGCGGAGCGGAAUGAGACAAAAGUAUUGUCAACAAGUGUGUGUGUGUCAGUCCACUUCAAAGCUCCACAUUUCAUCCCUCCAGCCUGUGAGAAGCGAGCCACACCCAGUACAGGCAGGGGACGAUGUGAGGGAGCCGCCGGGCCACAAUACAGGGCGUGACAGGGAGAAGGGGUGCCAGGGGAGGUGUCUGAAGAGUGUGUGGGUGCCGGGGCGUCCUGCAUGGAUAUCGAUGCCUGGAAGAGUCACGUUGCCAUCCCACACCUGCUGAAUGCUCUGGUGCAGGUGGUGAAGGGGGGAGAGGCAGUGGUGGGUGGGAGGAGAGUGUCUCAGGAACAGCUUGAAGAAAUCCUGCCUCACCUCUGCCUUGCACAGCCCUCCUGUAGCCUUGUCUGUGCCGACCUCCUGCACUCCUUGCCUUGUGACAGCAGUGUGUGGGGUACACUGGAGGCAGCGUUGAUCAGCAAGAAGGUGCUCCAGCGAGACAUCACCUCUGCCCUCUACCUGCGCCACUGCCCUGCUCUGGAGCGAGAGGUGCUGCGUGUGCUGGAGCUGUACGUGGGCGUUGAGAGCCAGAGUCCCUGGUGGCACGACGAGAGACUCAACAUAUCCCACUUCAAGCCACAUGGCAGACCGCUUCGUGCUGAUCCUCCAGCAAAGCAGCACAGUGAGGCCGGCACUGCAGACGGGUGCAAGGUAAACGUGUGGGCUGACUCUCCGCUGGUGGAGGCCUCAGGACACACCACCCAACUCUUCACUCACUGCCUUGAACUCCUGGGAAAUGUUUUGUGGAAGACCCAUUUCUCGUUUUGUGCGAUCAUUGCUUGCAGGGACUUCCUAGCACAGGUAGCAGAGGAGGUGGAGGGAGAGCUGUACCAGAGUUUUCCAAGCAUGCUGUCCCACCUUGCCUACCUCCUCACCCUCCCUCUGGCCACCCACCAGGACCAGGACGACCUCCGAAGAUCCUCUCUGCUCCCGCUGGUGAGGAAGGGGCUGCUGGAGGAGCUGGCCGAGGGUGGGGAGACUGCCCGGGGGAAAGUGUGUGUCAUGCUCUGCUUCUUCCCCUUCUGGCUGCCGCCGCUCAGAAAGUGUGGCUUUUUGAAGAAGUACUUGGCCGAUACUAUAUGUGAUAUUUUUUAGUCGUUACUGAUGUGUCUUUUUAUAGAUAUUUGUUAUAGUUAUUGAUGUGCAAUAGUUCCCAAAAUGAUCUUUAAAAGUACAUAAGAGGUCUACAUUCUGACACAUUUGGUGGUUACGGUGGCAACAGUUGGUAGCCCUGCACACCAAGUAGGGGUACUUGCUGUGUAUUAUGACUUUGGGAUACAUAUUAGCAUGUCAGCAUCUGGUCGUCAUGUAUACCAACCUUAUUGACACUGCAUGUGAUGUGGCAGCAGUUGAUGUGUUGUUCAUUAUGCCACUGUUCACACCACACAUGGAAGGCUGUUUUGGGGACUAGUGUGCAUUCCUUGUGUUUUAUAUAUAUUGUGCAGCUGACUUGUUUGCACUGUAGUAAUAAGAAGUGUUCCGGACUCAUUCUCAAGAUCAGGGGUUCUCUACCUGUGGUUUGCAAACACUGAGGGGUUCACAAGAUUUCUGGGGAUGAUUAGAUGGCUGCUUUAAUAUUAUCCUGUGCAGUACCUUUGCAUAUUGAGUCAGUGUCAGUCACCACAUUAACAUUCUGUUCAACGUCUCUUUGCUGGGGCUUUGGGUAGAUUGUUUUAUAACUGGGUCUUUUAACGAGAAAAAAGAUUGAGAACCCCUGCUCUAGAGGCUUUGAGAAUUUUAGUUUAGCCUUUCUUUUGAUUUUGUCUUAUUGUUGUUCACUUACUAGGAUGUGGCUGCUGUUCUUAGUGGACAGCUGGGGUGAGGCAGGUGAUGCAGAUUAAAUUCCUCUCCAGGCAGAAACAUUGUAGACUUUGAUGGCAAGCUUUUGUUCACCUGCUAUUCAUUUCAGACCCCAUGAGGCAGCACUAUUUCCAAACAUUUCCUAGACAGACUUUGAUCAAUAUGACAUUUUGGGCACUAAACUGUAGCUAUAACACUGGCCACUGAAGGCAAAGGUAGCACAGAAGCCCUAGACAUUCACACUGAAGGCUUUACUGGUGUUUGACGUGUAGCAUUCCAACUUCUCUUCCUUCAUACUUGCCUUCCUAUCUCCCAGCUCCUCUCCCUCCACCUUUUACUCUUUUAUGUAAGAGGGGAAGUCUGGCCAAGGCCAAAAAAUGUGACUAAACAAAAAGAUCCCGCUUAAUGUCAGUCCUGUCCUUCUGCUUCCAAUCACCUUAUCUCUCCCUCCAUCCUUGCCUUGCCUUGUCUCCCACCACCUCUCCCUUCAUCCCUGCUUUCUUACCUUCCACCCCCUUUCCCUCCAUCCUUGCCUUCCUUUUGCUUCCUGUCACCUUAUCUCUCCUACAUCCUUGCUCUCUACCCUUACACAUCACAAUUAUGUCUUCUAUCUUCUACAGUCAGCAACAAUUGAUGUAAGUGCGGGAAAACAACAAAAGCAACUUCCCUUGCAUUGUAAGGAACUCCUCCAACUACUACAAAAUGUCCAUGGCUGUCACUCAAAUCUUGAAGGACAUUUAACAUCAAUGGAGAUAGUGGCAGUGUCACUCUUCCCUCCAAACCCGUUUGUGCAAUCUUGUGCAGUUCACUGACAUCAUCAGAUAAAAAUAUUUGAGAUGUCAAAGAUGUACACGAAGUGAAAUGUCAUAAGUGUGAUUCAGUGCUACAAAUUAGGCCUAAAUAGCCAUGAAACAAAUGUGAAAACUGGUGUGAGUGUGCGCAUAGUGCGGCGCCUUGUUGCAAAAAUUCAAGGCAAAUAAUGAGUGUGAGCUUCUGUGCCACAAUUAUAGUGGAGGAAGGUGUCCAAAGAUUUCUGAAAAAAACUUUUGAUAGUUAUAAGACACGAGUUAGAGAAAAAAAAAGAGAUAGUACAGCAAGAUAUUAAAGAAAAGAAUGAUAGUGCUCUUCAAGGAGUGCACCAUUCAUAGAGCCACCCAAGAAAAAUUGAAAUACAAGAUUGAAAAAGCACAAAGCAAACCUUUGGUGACAGACACACAGUGAAGGAAGAGGCUUGAAUUUGCAUGGAAGUACACAUCAUGGACUGUUGAUGACUGGAUUAAGGUUUUGUGUACUAAUGAAUCUGUGUUUCAUAUGAGUGACAAAAAAAGCUUGAGGGUGUGGUGCUGCCCAUGGUGUGACCCCUCUCACCCCAAGUAUAUUGCAGACUCACAAGCAUCCUCCUUCUGUUAUGGUGUGUGGUGCAUUUUCUUAGUGUCUGACCAGCAUGUUUUUCCAAGAGUGAAUCAGUCAUGAAGGAUGUAUAUCUAUGCCUUCUAAAAGAUAAGUUGGCUAAUUGCUAUGCCGUCACGGGUGCGGAGGUGUUCCAACAGGAUGGGGCUCCUUGCCAUCACUGCACACGUUGUGAAGGAAUGGCUCCCAGAGAAUGAGGUUCACGGGAUACAUGACUGGCCACUAAACAGCCCUGAUAUAUCACCUAUUGAGAACCUCUGGGCGAUACUGAAAUGCAAAUUGAGAGAAGAAAACUCAUUCAUCGAGGAGAAAUUAAAAGGCAAUUCAUUGGGCAUGAACAGUGAUACCUGUGGCAACUCUGCAGCCUCUCUUCCAGAUUGUCUCUUGGAAGUAAGAAAAUGCAAAGGACACUCCAUAAACAAGUAAAAGGUUAGGUAAUGAGGCUCACACUUACACUUACAAUUCACUACAUGUAAUUACUUGGCAGAUAUUUUCAGAACACAAGUUUCGUUUGUUGUUUUUCCGCGUGGUCACGUCAUUUGUUGCCAACUGUAUGCGAGUAUUUUCCCUUGCUCUUGGUGCUUUGCUUUCUGUACCAAUUGUAGACUCCUUAGGGAAGCACUUGGCAAUGGAUCACAGUGCAAAUUAGAGGACAGCUUUGCCAGAGUGUUGUAUUGAUGUGUUUGUGUGGAAGAUAUUUGGGAAGACAGCAAAUCAUGGAAUCUGUAAUGCAUAUAGUAAGAGAUUCCUUCAUGUAUAUGCAUUACUGUCAUUUGUCUUCACUUCAUUUUGGAACAGUAUUGAGUAUGAUUUAUUAGGUACAAAUUCCAAACCAAAUGAAAUAGAUUCUCUCAUGUAUGUUUAUUUCAUAGAAGUACAUGUUUUAAAAUGCUUUGAAAUAUUUGGGUGCAGUGAAGUAGUGAUCUUUGAGACAACAGCAUUCAUUGAUCACCAUGUAAAUAGAACCAUCAUAUUGUGAGAGAAGUGUUCAAAGUAAGGAUAGGGGAGGCAGUAUUCCCUGAGAGGCUGUGGUGAGUGACUGUGGUUUGUAAACAUACUGUGGGGGGACAUCCUGUGGCUCUGUGGAGAGAGAGAGAGAGAGAGAGAGAGAGAGAGAGAGAGAGAGAGAGAGAGAGAGAGAGAGAGAGAGAGAGAGAGAGAGAGAGGUACAUUUAUGACAGUACCAAGAAUAUUACUCAAUUACCUAAAUAAAAUAAACACCCCAAAUCUUU